UAUGCCUCUGGGCUUCUCUCUCUACAGAGAUGACACGGCACCACUUGCAUCUAUCCAACAACGACUCUUCUCUCUCUCUCUAAUCCCAUUCUCUCAAUUCAUGUGCGCCAUCUGUAACUGUAACGGCUUCUUCUUCUUCUGACUGACUGACUCUCGCCGAGCAUCUCCUUGUUUGGAUCCUCUUUUUCUCCAUAUAAGCCAUUCACUCACGCAUGGCUCCUAGCAAGUUCAAUUCCACUGAUCCUUGUGGAAAUGGAGAUGCGAGUUUUUCAAGCUCACAACCAGAUAAUGGGCUUAGUGAUUCACUCUCUCUCUUCCAUUCUGAGAAGGCAGUGCAAGAGCUUCUUCAACAGACUCCUAUUCAGGGAACUGAUGACCAUCUUAUAGAAUUCUCAGAGGCUCUAAGAACUGUUGCAAAGGCAUUAAGACGAGCUGCUGAAGGAAAAGCUUCUGCUCAAGCUGAGGCUACUGAAUGGAAGCGCAGAUAUGAACUAGAGAGGGGGCGAAAUCAGCGGUUGCAGCGUAAAGGCAACACUGUGUGUGAAAUGCUUCGAAGUUGGUGGAUUCAGACUUCUCUAUGUAAUGCAAUGGGAAUUAUAAGAUUAAUGCAUCCGUGCCUUGUUUGCUGGGAAGUCUGGGAAGAACAAAAUAGUAGUGUCUUUGAAGAACAGUCAGCCAAGGAAUGUAGUGGUGAUGUUUUUGAAGGGAGGACACAGAACUCAGACAAUCAAUCUAUCCCAAGUGAACAUUCAAAUGGACGGUCCGAAAAUUGCUGUACCAAUGGGAUUUGCUCUCAUGAAAUUCUUCAAGAUGGAGAGACUGACUCUGAUUCCAAUGUGGUCCAGAAUAGGAUGAUGAGAAAGGCAUCUUUUAAACUUUCAUGGUGUUGCAAAGGCGAAAUUAGUGAUCAGCACAAACAUGAUGUUGUCUCUUUUGAAAGAGGAAAUAUAACGACUGCAGAGCGCAGCAGUAAACAGAUUUCUUUGAAGUGGGAAUCUGAUCCACAGACUGUGCUUAUAAUGACUAAACCAAAUUCAACUUCUGUACGAAUUCUAUGUGCAGAUAUGGUCAGAUGGUUGAAAGAGCAUAAAAAGUUAAAAAUUUAUGUGGAACCGCGUGUGAGGAGUGAACUUCUAACAGAAUCAUCUUACUUCAACUUUGUGCAAACCUGGAAAGAUGACAAGGAAAUUUCACAACUGCACACAAAAGUUGACCUUGUGGUAACUCUUGGUGGGGAUGGUACUGUUCUUUGGGCAGCAUCAAUGUUCAAAGGACCAGUUCCUCCCAUUGUUCCAUUUUCUUUAGGUUCUCUUGGCUUUAUGACACCAUUUCAUAGUGAACAUUACAGAGAUUGCGUUGAUUCAAUUCUUAGAGGCCCAAUUAGUAUUACACUGCGACACCGGUUGCAAUGCCAUGUUAUCAGAGAUGCAGCCAAGAAUGAGGUUGAAACUGAAGAGCCCAUACUUGUUCUAAAUGAGGUUACGAUUGACCGUGGAAUAUCAUCUUUCCUGACAAAUUUGGAAUGCUACUGCGACAACUCCUUUGUCACAUGUGUGCAAGGUGAUGGGUUAAUUUUAUCAACUACAUCCGGAAGCACUGCAUAUUCUUUGGCGGCUGGAGGAUCCAUGGUCCAUCCACAGGUUCCCGGCAUCCUCUUUACACCAAUUUGUCCACACUCCUUAUCCUUUCGGCCUCUGAUAUUACCUGAACAUGUAACAAUACGAGUGCAAGUUCCCUUCAACAGCAGAAGCUCUGCUUGGGCAUCAUUUGAUGGCAAGGACAGGAAACUGUUAGAACCUGGUGAUGCACUUGUGUGCAGCAUGGCACCUUGGCCUGUACCUACAGCAUGCCAAGUGGAUUCAACAAAUGACUUCCUCCGCAGCAUCCAUGAGGGCCUCCACUGGAAUCUGAGGAAGACCCAAUCUUUUGAUGGCCCUCGGGAGCAAUAAUGUUGAGCUCUUUUUUCUUUUUCCUUUAACAGGCAAAAAUGAUAACAAGCAAAUCUAUCUGCCUGUUCGACAUUACUUUUUAGGCAUUAUAUAGGGGGGGGAGGAGAAUAUGUAAAGUCUUAACUCAAGCAGACUCGCUUAAUUAUUAUCCCGCAGAUGAUCAUGAAAAAUCACAGGCAGCAAUGGAAAUGUACGUUGUAAUAAGACCAAUUGCCUCUGAAAUUUAUAGAAUUUGCAUAGCCGUAUUAGAUGCAAGAAAGCCUACUCGUGGAGUGUGUAGGUUAUUUAAA